UAUAUGGGGUCCGCUUAAUACAGGUUUGACUGUACGCCAUUUUUACGAGCACAAUCGACAAGAGCUUAACGACGAUUGUUCAACUCGCAGCACCUUGCCUGCAGGGUGAACUCUCAGUUGAGAAAUAAUAAAAAUUUAGAGAUUUUACUUCAUAUUAUUUUCACGAUUCAGGGUUAGUGCCUAACAAUUUCCUUGUGAAGUUUAAGAAAAGAAAAAAAAUUAACAAGUGCUCCAGAGUUUCUCGAAUUAAUACUUGCGCUAGCAAAAUAUUCAUAUAAAAGUUUUCAAAAUCAGGCAAAGCGUAUAUACAACAAAAGAAUAUUUCUUGCCAUGAUAUUAUUUGAAGCGUUAAUUUUGCUUAAGAGAGAGUAUAAGUACUAGGAAUUUGUAUUCUUUUCUGCCAUCUUGGGCCUUAAUUCCGCCUUUUCACAAUCCAGAAGUCCAUUUCUGACAGGUUUGCAUCCGGUUAUUCUCGACAGCGUUGUUUACCAGUUGCAUCAUCCGUUUCCGUUCUUCCCACGGUCUGUUAUCAAAUUACUAUUGAAAAAUGCGAUGUCAAUUUUUCUCAAGCGCAACAAAAGGUGAGAAAAUUUUACUAUCACCUCUGAAACUUGUUGUAGAUACUUCCUCUUUCGUCAGAUCGAGUCUUUUCGGAAGCUUAAGUUCUCGAAGGGGUGACUCAUUCGAUGUAAGUACUUAGCAAAUAUUCGAACAACUCGAACUAUCCGUUUGAGCCAUGGCCAGGAGCGAUCGAAUAACGCUUCGAAAAUAAUGUUCGUAAGGAGGUGAGUUUCAGCGUCUCCCGAACAGAAAUGAACACAAUUCUGAAAAUGCAGGUUUUCUUACAACUAACGGGAUCCACAUUUUAUUUUGUGAAGCUAUUUGGUGGCUUACUUUAAAUGUUAGGUGAUGAACUGAGCUUUUGUGAAUAUUGUAAUUUAAGAGCUUUUGCAAUCUUUCGUCGAUUACCGGCUUAGCUGAAACGUAUUUGACUUUCACUGUUUUCAGAAGGAAUUAAAAUAAAUUGACCUUGAUCUCAAAUAUUUCAAGCAUUACAAUCACGCGGAAAGUAUUGCAGUAUACUUCAACAGCCGGUUUUUCUUACAAUAAUAUUAUAUUGUUUUAGUUUACCUUGGGCAAAAAAUAUUCACACCUAUUGUAGCAAUAAUUCGUGCCUUACCACACGACGAGGCCUUAAAAUAAAACAUUGCACCUGUUCUAUUUCAAUUAAGGAAGAAUUACUUUUAUUCACAGUCAACCUAAAUGGAAAAACGUGCUUGUAGGACUUCAUGUUUUUCAGUAUUUUAAGUUUAAUUCAAUUUACUAUCAUGGAAGUACUUGAAGUACAGUACAACAAGUUUUUAAUUGAGACGUGUAAGAGCUUAUCGUUUUUUCCUAAGAAUAUCGUAGACCUUUUGCCCAUGCUAUGCUUUAGUUGUAUUUUCAUCUAACAAUGUCAUACAUUUGUUUUUUCAAGAGAAACAGACGGACCUAUCACCUGCCAUUAACUGUCAGAAUUCCAGGAACAAUUAAAUAUUAGACAGCUCAGUACCCCGAAAGGUACCCCAAAAGCUCCUGCCACUGUGGACGUUUCAAGGCUGAACACCCUAAGAGGAGUACUUUGCAGAAUCAGUCAAAACAGCAUUUAGCUUUUGUGGGAUCAUGCCAACCAUUUCCUAAAAAGCCUCCUAAAAUAUACUGUGAACAUGGAAGAUAAAGAACGAAUGCUUGGAGACAAUACCGAUGCAGAAGAAUCACAACAAGACAACUGUGGAAAGCCUGAAGGUGGCUGGGGCUGGGUUGUAUGCUGUGGCACAUUCAGUGUCAACUUUAUAGUGUUUGGAAUUCAUAACUCCUUUGGUGUAGUCUAUGAAUAUUUGGUGGACGAACAAAACAUGGGAGAAGCAGAGACAGCAUGGGUCGGCGCCAUGGCUGCAUCCCUCAACUUCUUCUUUGGUCCGCUGACCAGUAUUUUGUGUGACCGCUUUGGUUGUCGUCGAGUAGCCUUUGUUGGAGCUGUUCUUUCAGUAUCUGGACUUUUUCUUACGUCGCUUGUCACGCGUCUGCAUUACAUGUACCUCACUUAUGGACUCCUUUGGGGGAUAGGCUCGAGUUUUUCUUUUGUUCCUUCUAUCGUGAUGCUGGGAGAGUACUUUGAUAAAAGACUGGCUUUAGCAAAUGGACUGGGCACUAGCGGAAGUGGAGUAGGCUCAUUGGUAGCCUCGCCUGCGAUUAACUACUUACUACGGGUUGUUGGAUGGAGUAAUUCUUUGCGUAUACUUAGUGGUGCCGCGGUGUUUCUAGUUGUAGCGUGCUUCCUCUACAAGCCUCACAAAACGAGACAGCGUGACAGGAACGUGACAAAACAAUGCAGUCAAUUGUGUGACGUUUCCAUUUGGAAAAACCGUGCCUAUGUAGCUUGGGUUCUAACAGUAGCGCUUUUCCAGUUUGGAUAUCCAGUCCCUUUCGUCCAUUUGGUAAAAUACGCAGACGAUCUUGGUAUCCCACCUUCUAAGGGCUCGUGGCUCGUCGGCUUUCUGUCAAUCACGUCCACCGUGGGACGAGUGAUCUUCGGCAAGCUUUGUGAAUUGCGGUGCAUCAACAAGAUUUACGUGUAUCAGUUUUCACUGCUCGCCAUAGGACUCAGCACAGUGAUCUGUCCGUUCACAGCGAGUUACGCAGGUCUCGUGGCCUAUUCUGUUGUGUUUGGGUUUUUCGAUGGAUGCUUUGUGGGUCAAGUCGCGGUAAUCACGGGAGAUAUCGCGGGCAAGGAGAGACUCUCACAAGCGAUAGGCAACAUGUUUGGUGUUCUGGCCAUACCUAUGAGUCUUGGUCCGCCAGUUGCAGGCUGGCUUUACGAAUCCUCGGGCUCUUACCAUCAAGCCUUCUUUGUGUGCGGUGGUGUGGCCAUUGUUUCAUCUCUCUUCGUUUUUAUCGUGUCUCACUUGGAUCGAAAUCAAAGGCGACGUUGCACCCUCCGAAAACGCUUAAGUAAAACAGCCGACCCAAGCGCCGCCUGUGUAUGCGAAGAGAGUGUGGAAACCGGAAGUGAAAUGUCUGCCUUGGUAGAAAUGAUUUCCCGUGAAGUGCUCAUCGUCACGGACAAAGAAACUGUGUUAUAGUUGAUAGAUUGCGUGACAAGCUGAACUAACCGCCACUUCGGUACAGAUGCGUAAAACUGUCUUCAUCAACUUUAAUUUUUUCAAGUAAUAAUUUUUUCUUCCUCUCUUUAUUGAUGUUUUAAAUGCUUGGCGUAUUAGCAAAGAGAGAUUUCUGUCUCUAGGACUUACUCGGCUGGAUUGAAGUGAGGGAGGGUGGUGUGGGGUGGAAUUUCAUGCGUUUUACCUGUGAUAAGAAUUGCGCAUGUGUUGCCAGCGUAAGUAAACAUUGUACGCUAAAUAAGAAAAUAAUAGGUUAAGAUUAGAUCGGAAACAAAAUUGAAGAAAAGGAAAAGAGUUUUUAACAAAGUUAUCGUGGGUAGGGAGUCUAACGAGAUAAUUGUCCGCUAUUUCAAGCGUACACUUCUUUAUAGAAAAAAACAUAUGCGUUGUUAUAUUUUGAGAAUCAUAUUUUUUUAUGGUUGGUAUUUUUCUACUUGUGUAAUAUGGGCCGUUUUAUUUACAUUUAUAAACUUAUGCGGCGAUGAUAUAUCGUUAAUUAUUUAUUGAUGGUGUAUAAUAAUAUAUCAAUAUCUGGGAGUGGCUUGCGGACCACAUUGGAACUGGCUAUGUACGUUUAACAAAGAUUAAUUUAUGUUUAUAUUAUAUGGGAAUUUUUAGUCAUAACAGUUAUUUAAGUAUAAUAUAACAGAGAAAUUUAAGAAUUUACUUCUGCCAUAUACAUUUAAUUUAAUGCAACUGGUAUUUCGUACUAAUCUCGUAUAUUUAAAGACGACUUACGUAUUUAAAAUUGCUAAAUUAAAUUUGUUUGGAAGACGUAACUAUAUAAUGAUUAUGGAAUAAUUAUCAAACUAGAAAUUUAAAGGUAAACAAGAAUGUUGAAACAUUGGGGAUAAUUUGGUUUGCGGAAGGCAACAAGAAUCGCAGAAAGGACUCUU